UUUGCAGAAUUCAAAGAGGCAUUCUCUCUAUUUGACAAGGAUGGGGAUGGUACGAUCACCACAAAAGAGUUGGGUACGGUGAUGCGAUCUCUUGGACAGAAUCCAACAGAAGCAGAACUUCAGGAUAUGAUCAACGAGGUUGAUGCUGAUGGUGAGUGCAUUAUUAGAAAAUGAGUGCAUGUCCAGGCAUUUUCCUUCAUAAUAAAACAGUGCUAUCCAGUGGAUUCCUUGGGAUAAGAAUUAGGGAAACGAGUUUUAUCAUCUAGUGGGUCAUGGUUUAUCUUGUAGAUAGCAUCACAAGGCAUUAUUGGAGUCAGAUAAAAGUGAAUCACUACACCUAAUUGCAAUAAGGUUGUCAUAGAAAAAAGCAAAAAGCCAAAUAGGAAUUAAUUAGCAGUAAAUUAUCAUUGCUUGCAACAUUCACAACACACACGCUUAUAGCUGAAUAUUAAUCACGUAAUAUGAAAGCCAAAUCAUUUGCAUCAGUUUCUUGGUGUCAUUCUAAUGCAAUUCGAGGCUGAUUCAUCUAGCGGAUUUCAAAGGUACUCUAAUUACAAACGUACAUUGGAUAACUACUGAAGAAAAAAUGGCUCCAUUUUUUUUCAAUAAAUAUAGCCUGGGGUAAAUUCCAGGAACGCGAUGCGUCUCUUCGUUUAAUGCUAAAUAGAAAAGCCAGUCUGUAUAUGGUUUGUAGUGUACGACACUAUCAGAUCACAAUUUUCAAGCAACAAAUCAGGGGUGUAGGCAGGACUUUCCAUCGCGGAGAGGGUGAGGCGUUCCUCCGCCAGUUCCUCUCCCGCGCCACAAACCAAGCCUCGUUUGUCAGGACCCUUUUGUUACACACAUCAGUGUUUCAUGUGCGGAAUCUUACAGCGCGGAAUUACAGAAUUAUUUCUUGUUAUUGUGAAUGACUUCUUAAGUAAUUGUUAAAUUAUUAAAAUACGCAAAUGUAAAUCACAUGUCUAAUUAAUUCCAAUUUGGUUUUCUGCUUUUUGCUUUUUGCUUUUUUCUAUGACAACGUUAUCGCAAUUAGGUGUAUCCAGUGAAUAAGCAUUUAGGAAACCAAUAUUGGAUUAUCCACUGGAUAAAGAUUUAAGGAGUGGAUAGUGUUAUCCAUCUGGGACCCACUUGAUAAUAUUCUGAAGUAAUAGAUGUCCCUACCUGUUUCUCAGCCAGGUUUUUGCAACCCUAAAAUACAUUGUUUACACAAGUUACAUGUUGGAACUGACUUCUUCUUGUAUUAGGCAAUGGCACAAUUGACUUUCCAGAGUUUCUGACCAUGAUGGCACGUAAAAUGAAAGACACAGAUUCUGAAGAGGAAAUCAAGGAAGCUUUCCGUGUGUUUGACAAGGACGGUAAUGGCUUCAUCAGCGCUGCUGAGUUGCGACAUGUUAUGACUAACCUGGGUGAGAAACUUACAGAUGAAGAAGUAGAUGAGAUGAUCAGAGAAGCUGAUGUUGAUGGUGAUGGACAAGUCAAUUAUGAGGGUAAGACUAUUUCCAUAAUUGGAGAACAACUGUGA